UUGUGGACAUCCUGUUCCCCUUUUCUCAAUACAAAGUUUAAGUGUACUUACACAUCGACAGUUUCCUUGGCGGUCCAAUCUUAUUAUUGGGUCAUCAGCGGAAAGGCAAAGGACAAUUGUUGAUAUGGAACCCAUUCCUCGCGUACGUCCUCCCAGACUUUGUAAACGAAGAGGAAGAGGUUUAUUUGAUGGGGAGAUGACAAAGUUUGGAGAAAAAGCUGCGCCAUCUGGACAAAAACAUCGACGAAGCUUUCGCCCCAAUAUACACCGUCUUUCUCUGUAUAGUAAAACUUUUGAUAAAUGGUUUUUUUUUCGAAUAUCACAAAGUGCUAUGAAAAAAGUAAAGGAAUGGGGUGGUUUGGACGAAUAUUUAGUGAGGACACCUGAUGAAGUCAUCCUUUAUCCCUUUGCCAUCCGUCUCAAAUAUGAAAUCCUUAGAAAGCGGGCAGAAUUACAGAGUAGUGAAACUGGAAUGAGUGAAGUAAAACAAGGGCUUGGUAGCGUAGAGAACUUAGCUAAAGAGGACAAUUCCAAACAGGGAGUAUUAUUCAAUAGAUAAACAUAAAAUCUGUAAAAGUCGU